AUGUCGCGACGUCGAUCGCGCUCGGCGCGCGCGAUCGCGAUGUGUGCGGUGAUGCGCGCGGGGACGUGCGCGCCCGUCGACGGCGCCAGACGCGUCGAUAGAGACGACCAGAACACCGCCAACACCAUCGAUGACUCUGCCCGCGCUCGAACGAACGCCGUACGCGCGGCGUCGACGUCGACGAGCGAGCCGCCGGUGCUGUACGCGCGUGUAUCCUCGAGCGGUUCGCUCGAACGCGACGUGAAAACACUGCGAUGCUACGCGGCGAUCGCGCGUGAAGCUUCGAGGGCGUUGGUGUUGGUCGAAGACGCGACGAGCGCAGAGGCGACGAAACCUCUCACGGAUCUCGUCGUGCCCGUCGAUGCGGCGUGGAGACGGUGGGGCGAGGGUGAUGACGAGCGUAUUAAGAGCGGGGAUGCUCGUUGGUGCGCGCACGUGCGUGAAGCCGUCCCGCGCGGGGCCGCGCAGGAAGUCUCCAGGCGGUUCAAGCGAGCGCGCGACGCGUGUUUGACGUUCGAUGUCGCGCACGCCAAAUGCGGGCGGAAUGUGCACAUGGUGUUAUCGACAAAGGUCGCCGCGGAUGUUGCUAACUCGAUCGACGUCGAGGCGCUGGUGAAGGCUGGAUUGGUGAGCAAGGACGUCGUGGUGAAACCGUUGGAAAGCGAAGUUGGCGCAAACGCGUCUGGUGCGAACAUCGUAAGUUCCAGCGUUGUGAAAAAUGGAGACAACGAAGAAGAUGUAGCAACCGUUGGAUUGGUCGAAGACGAACGGAUGCGCCGAGAACAGGAAGUGUUCAUCGGCGAGGAAGAGAGCGAGGAGAUGGACAUCGAAGAGAGCGCGCGAGUGCCAGCGACAAAGGUACUACAGUCCGUUGUUCGGCGACAGAGCAACGCGACGCGCAACAUCGACACCUCGCGUGCUUUAGUAUAUUUCGGCGCUGCCGUCGGGUUGGUCGGUUUCUUUAUCAAUAGCUUUGCUUCCGCGCGUCAAGCGUCGAAACGGGACGAACUCGCAAAGCUCGUCCUCCAUCCAGAUAGUCUCACCUAUUCUUCACCGAGUUUUUCGAUCGCAUCAUCGCCGGCGAAGAAGGAGACGGCGAGUGCGCACGACAACCCAUAG